AUGGCUGGCAUGCUCCUCCUGCUCCUCCUGUGGGAGUCUCUCCUUUUUGGAGUGGUCAGUUCCAGCCCAACCCCAGGGAAGCUCUUUGGGGAGAUCACAUCCCCCAAUUACCCCAAGCCAUACCCCAACAACAACAUCAGCACCUGGGACAUCACAGUCCCAAAGGGCUUUGUGGUGAAGUUGGACUUCUGGCAGUUCGACCUGCACCCAUCUGAGUCCUGCCUCUCUGACUAUGUCAAGAUCACAGCAGAUAAGAAAGACCUGGGCCAGUACUGUGGCCAGCUAGGCUCAGCCACAGGCAACCACCCGGGAGUCAGGGAGUUUGUGUCCAAAGGGAACCAGAUGAGGCUGAUGUUCCACUCGGACUUCUCCAACGAAGAGAACGGCACCCUUAUCCCCUACAAGGGCUUCCUGGCCUAUUACCAAGCCGUGGGAAUCCGGUGCCCACAGCCUGUGCCAAGGGACCAGUUCACCCUCAUCAAAGACCUGCAGCCCCUGUACCGAUUUCGUGACUACUUCAAUGUCAGCUGCCAGUCUGGGUAUGAACUGAUGGAGGGUGACCAGAAGUUGGCAUCUUUCAGUGCUGUCUGCCAAGAUGAUGGGACUUGGCACCGACCCAUGCCCCGCUGUGAAAUUGUGAGCUGUGGUGACCCCAAAAAUCUCACCAACGGGGCCUUCAGUUAUGUUAGCGAACACGGGAACAACUACUACCAGUCAGUGAUCACCUACCGGUGCAAGGAGCCUUAUUACCGCAUAGUCAAAGGGAGCGAUACAUACAACUGCUCCGCUCAGGGCUCCUGGGCAGACCAAGACGGCCAUGAGGACAUCCCCGUGUGUUUACCAGUGUGUGGGAAGCCCGACAAACCCAUCACUGGAAUCCAGCGGAUCAUCGGUGGCAGCACAGCACCGCCGGGAAGCUUCCCAUGGCAGGCGAAGACACACAUCUUUGGGCUCGGGGGUGGGGCGCUGCUGGGUGACCGCUGGAUCCUGACAGCUGCUCACACCAUCUACCCCAAGAAAGACAGCUCAGUGACAGAGACAGGUGGGAGGAUGAGACUUGCUGAGGUGGCUAAGAAGAUCGAAGUGUUCCUUGGCCACACGGAGGUGAAUAAGAUCCAUGAGCUGGGUCACCACCCCGUCCGCAAUGUGUCCGUGCAUCCCGACUACGACCCUGAUGAUGAGAACAACUUCAAUGGGGACAUUGCACUGAUCGAGCUGCAGGACCCAGUGCCACUGGGCCCCAACCUGCUGCCCAUCUGCCUCCCAGAUGCUAGUAACAGCACUUUCUAUGCCAACGGCUACAUGGGCUACGUGAGCGGCUUUGGGGUGGAGAAAAAUGUUCUCGCAGACCAGCUGAAGUAUGUAUCACUGCCAGUGGGUGACCAGAGAUCCUGCAAGAAAUGGCUGCAGGGAAAGGAGGUCAAUGGGAAGCCCAUGGUGUUCUCUGAGAACAUGUUCUGUGCUGGCUCGCCCAGUGGGAGGAAAGAUACCUGCCACGGGGACGCUGGGAGUGUCUUCACUGUGCAGGAUUUAGAGAGCGAGCACUGGAUAGCCACCGGGAUUGUCUCCUGGGGCAUCGGCUGUCACAAGAGCUAUGGCUUCUACACCAAGGUCAUCAACUACCUGGACUGGAUCAAAGAGAUAACAGGGAUGUAG